ACCCCUCAUUGGCUAAUCCCAGCUCACACACAACUCUACACCGAACUGCUCGACACGCACGCUCAGCACGAGUGCCAAGCGAAGGGAAAUCAUGAGCCCGGAGGGAGUUGGGAGUGCAAGAUAUGGAUUCGGGCACCGCAAUAUGGCGGUACCAUGCAUUGCCUGUGGAGACCGUGAUCAGCUCGAUCAGUUUCCUCGCUCCCGCAGGUGUGCCAUAUUGUCGGCGAUACUGACCUUUCAUGCAACACUACUCGCGUCUCAAAAUUCUUCGCUCUCCACCAUGGCUUCACCCCAGAUCGUUGGGCAAUUCGCCAAGAUGACCACGAACGAAUACAGCCCGAGUGAACACACAAAGCAGGGCAAUGAGGUUCUCGAGUCUUCACCCAAAGGCAACCCCCGAGCUUCGCCCGCUACGGGCAUCGAGACCAAUUUCGACGACAGCGGCAUCUGCGAUUGCGAGGAUGAGACAGAUGUCCGCAAACAUGACUACACGGAUUGGAUUCUGUUCCCUGGACAGUAUCCGCUCGUCGAAACCGACAACUUCUUCGCAGAUCUCGAGUCUUCGACAAACGUCAAUCGUGAGGGGGAAAGUGCUUCGAGUGUUGAGCGAGAAGCAGCCUCCCGCUCACAGAAUCGUCCCCGCACAUUCUACGAUCCCGUUCAUGACGCCGCUCGUGUGGCGAUUGAUCAAUCUGUCUAUGAGGCAAUCAACGACUACAACACUCGUUCGCAACCAGAUUAUUCUCGUCCUACUUACGACGCACCAAUUCUGAAUCCCUUUCAGAGAUGGUACAGUUCAAACGAGAAGCACGAGGCGCUUGCUUAUCGUCUCUCGCAAUCGCAACCCUCAAAUUCUCCCCGUAUUCAGCAUUCUAGGCAGCCGUCACAACUUUCGGGUCAUGAUUCUCGAUCUCGUUAACACAAUUUCUUUUGGGCUCAUCAGUUAUGGUUUAACGGCGUUCUUCAUGCAGUCAUUGCAUACUCAUACUGAAGCUUCAGGUGCAUAAUGGCGUUGGCAGCAGUCGCGGGGACUGAAGUUCAUAUUCGUAUUUCAAAAUUAGUUCAUGCCCUCUCCGCCAUAGCAAAAUUGAUACCAUUUUCUUCACUCUUCUCUCCACAUAGUGACUCUCAUCCCUACUUUCACAAUUCCCGCUGAAUUCGAAACAUAAUGUCAAAAG